UCGAACAAGGCGCACGAGCCGAGUUCCCCACGUCUGCCUCGGUCUGUUCGCUCUCACGUCACGCGAUAAGCCCGUGUUUUUCCGUCCCUCGCGUCUGCUCCCCCCACCUUCCCAUCAUCACGCGGCGCUAACGAGUAGCGGCGCGGACAGGGGUUGCGUGACACUACCGGCACUGCAGCAGCACGGGAGCCAUGGCGCGGGAGGAGGAAGGACCCGCAAUGAUGGACGCCGCGGAGCGACGCCUCCGCGUGGUCUCCGCGCACCUCGAGCCGCAGGCCGGCGCCACCGCUGGCCUCGCCUCUAACCCCACCGCCGGCGAGUACGCCCACGUGCAGGGCUACAGCGUUGUUCUUCCUGAAAAGUUGCAAACUGGAAAGUGGAACGUGUACCGAUCUGCAGAGUCACCUCUGCGUUUAAUUAACAGAUUUCCUGCUACUCCAGACAUUGGAACACUGCAUGAUAAUUUUGUGUAUGCAGUCGAGACUUUUACAGAUUGUAGGUAUCUGGGUACAAGAGUGUGCGCUGAUGGAGCAGUCGGAGACUACAAAUGGAUGACGUAUGGAGAAGCUAGUACGAGCAGAACUGCAAUAGGUUCUGGUCUUAUUUAUCAUGGAAUAUCUGAAGGUGCACGCAUUGGUCUGUAUUUUAUAAACAGACCUGAGUGGAUCAUAAUUGAUCAUGCUUGUGCUGCAUAUUCAUAUGUAUCUGUACCACUUUAUGAUACUCUUGGUCCAGAUGCAGUUCAGUUCAUUGUGAACCAUGCAACAGUAGAAACUAUUUUCUGUGUGCCUCAAACACUAAGCACUCUGCUAAGCUUCCUAACUCAAAUGCCAUGUGUCCGCCUUAUAGUGGUAGUUGGUGGAGACAAUGCAAAUACGCCAUCUACAACAGCAGCUGCUGGAGUGGAAAUCAUAACUUACUCCAGGCUACACAGCCAGGGAAAGAUGAGUUCUCAAACUUACCGUCCUCCAAAACCUGAAGAUGUUGCCACUAUCUGCUACACGAGUGGCACUACUGGCACACCAAAGGGAGCUGUUCUUUCUCAUGAGAACUUAAUCGCGAAUGUUGCAGGAUCAAGCUUGGGCGUUAAGUUUUACCCCUCCGACGUGUAUAUCUCAUACCUACCUUUAGCUCACAUCUAUGAGAGAGCUAACCAAAUUGCACUGCUUCACUAUGGAGUUGCCAUUGGAUUUUACCAAGGGGAUAAUUUGAAGCUGAUGGAUGAUUUGGCUGCUUUGAGACCAACCGUAUUCGCAAGUGUUCCCCGGCUAUAUAACAGAAUUUAUUCUGCAAUCACAAAUGCUGUGAAGGAUUCUGGUGGGCUAAAAGAAAGACUAUUCCGUACCGCGUACAAUGCCAAGAGGCAAGCUCUUAUGAAUGGACGAAAUCCUUCCCCAAUGUGGGAUAAGUUGGUAUUUAACAAAAUAAAAGCUAGGCUUGGUGGACGUGUGAGGCUUAUGACUUCAGGCGCUUCUCCAUUGUCAGCAGAUGUAAUGGAAUUCCUAAGAAUAUGCUUUGGUGGUGAGGUUCUUGAAGGCUAUGGAAUGACAGAGACAUCUUGUGUCAUCACUACAAUGGAUAUUGGUGACAAAUUAAUUGGUCAUGUUGGAUCACCAAAUCCUUCUUGUGAGGUUAAACUUGUGGAUGUCCCAGAAAUGAAUUACACUUGUGAGGAUCAACCAUAUCCUCGUGGAGAAAUAUGUGUUAGAGGACCUACAAUAUUCCGCGGUUACUAUAAAGACGAAGUCCAAACAAGGGAUGUCAUUGACAAUGAUCGCUGGUUGCACACUGGAGACAUAGGUUUGUGGCUGCCUGGAGGGCGUCUAAAAAUUAUAGAUAGGAAAAAGAACAUUUUCAAGUUGGCUCAAGGAGAAUACAUAGCUCCAGAGAAGAUUGAGAAUGUGUACGCUAAGUGCAAGUUCAUUGCUCAAUGCUUUAUAUAUGGUGAUAGUUUCAACUCUUUUCUAGUUGCCAUUGUAGCAGUUGAACCAGAUGUUUUGAAGGCUUGGGCCGCAUCUCAAGGAAUACAAAGUGAGGAUUUAAGACAGCUUUGUGCUGACCCGAGAGCAAAAGCUGCUGUCUUGGCUGACAUGGAUUCUAUUGGAAAGGAAGCACAGCUAAGAGGUUUUGAAUUUGCCAAAGCUGUUACUCUUGUUGCUGAACCUUUCACAGUAGAAAAUGGUCUCCUCACCCCAACGUUCAAGGUCAAAAGACCGCAAGCUAAGGCCUACUUCGUGAAAGAACUCGCAGAUAUGUAUGCACAACUGCGUGACGCCGAAUCAGCUAGGCAGAAGUUGUAAUUAUUCGAGAAAUGUUCAGGAGUAAGGUUCAAACCAAUACAGGACAGGUUCACACAAUGGAGUAAGGAUUUCUCAUUUGCUCUAUGAGCAGGAAUACCUUUCACCCGCCAACAGCAAGGAGUGGUGUUGGGUGUGGUUAUAUUUAUAAAGGAAUAAACCGAAGGCCCCAUUGUAGAAUUUCGUUCGUUAUUUUGGUAAAAGGUAUACAAUUUAUAGGAAAACAUUCUUGAUAUACCUAUACCCAUCAACAGUUCAUGCCUUCUUGCUACUGCAGAAGUUAUACAAAAGACUGAAGAUAUACCUAUACAUGUAAGUUAUAGGAAAACAUUCUGUAACCAUGAUCAUGUUCAAAUAUGUAUGUUACACUAAGGCAAAAA